AUGGAGGAAGACGACCAGCAACAAGUGGCGGCGCCGCCGUCGCCGGAGGAACCAACGGAACUGGAUUCCAUUCCAUACCACAUUCUAGAGGAGAUCCUGACACAUGUCCCCGCAAAAACCGUGUUCUGCUGCAUGGCCGUCAACACACCAUGGCUGUCAAUCUUAGACAACAAAAGAUUCUUCAAGAGACACCACUCUCUCUCAUCGGCCCGCCCUUUGGUGGUUUUCAGCAACCCGUUGGGCAGCAAAUCGAAUCGGGUCCUCCACCUCUACGAGGGCCGGACCGCAUCCGAUUUCGAACCCCGGACCCGGAACCUCAGCACCCGGAUCGAGUUUCCGGAUAUGGCCCGUGGCCGCCGCACUUUCCUUCAGGGCGUCAAUCCUCUGCUUACCUCCUGUAAGGGUUUGACUUGUUGGGCCACUCGCCACGGUGGAGGUGACGUGGUCAUCUCCAACCCUAUCACGGGCGAGUACAUCUUGGCCAACACCAUCGCGCGUGGGAGGAAAAGCUACCGAGAGGUGGCUUCGAUUUUCGUAGGCCUCGGGUUCAGCCGCCGCACCAACACUUUCGAGCUCUUGAAAAUGACGAUCGGGUUGGCCGACCAGAACGACUUCUCCAUGACCUGGUACCCAGAGCUUCUCGCCCUGGGUGCCAGGUCUUGGAAGCGCGCCGGUGUGGCACCGCAGCUCGAUUUCUCGAGAAUGAUUUACGAUCUCAUGUACGUGGACGACGGCACCAUGUACUGGCGGUACAAAAACGAGCCCUCGAUCUGCGCCUUCGAUUUCGACCUAACCCUCUUCCGGGUCGUGGACCUACCCGAAUUCGAGGGUCCGGUUCUCAAAACGGUUAGUUUGGGAGUGUUGGACAAUACUCUCUGCGUGUCGUUCGUUUCUCCCGAUGAUAGCCACGUGGAGUUGUGGUCGGCUAGUAAGACGGUGGUUGAUCACAACGGUGGGGCCCACGGUACAGGACAAACAACUAAUUGGAAGAAACUCUACCAUAUCGAGACUCUGACCACGAUGCUCGAGAAUAGUGGGAGGGUUUGGUCGAGGGGAGCAUAUCGACCGAUAAUGUAUGUGGAAAAUAAUAAGAUACUGAUGCAUGACUGGCGGACUAAUUUCCUUAUGUACGAUGUAGUGACGGGGAGCGAGAGCGUAUUCCCUAUUACAGAGGACAUACGCGAUGAGGAUGGGCAUAGGAUGGCGGUGCAAGUGGUUUCUCAUGUACCCAACAUCAUUUCCAUGAGGGAGACGUUGAACAUUCAACAAGGCAGUUAUGUUAGGGUUUAUUGCACUGAUUCGAGGUAA